AUGAAAGCUGCUCUGAAAAGUGCCUCCGAGGAAGAGGAUCGUAGUCAAAAUCUGGUCAUCUACGGUCUACCAGAAAAGAGUGAAGAAAUCCUGGAAAAGAGAGUGCUUGAGGUACUAGAAAACAUAGAUGAGAAACCUCGAAUCGUUUCUUGCUGUAGGAUGGGGAGAACUGUAUCAGAUGGAGGACCAGCCGUUAAACCUAUCAAGUUCACUCUUAGCGGCUCAGAUCAUGUGCGGCGAGUGUUGAGCAAAGCGAGAAAACUAAGAGAAGUGGAGGGGUAUGACUCAGUGUACAUCAGCCCCGACCGAUCAGCCGAGCAGAGAGCUGCCUUCAGGAAAACUAAGUGCCUUGCUCUAUCCAGAGCCCUUGCAAUUGCAGUAGCGCGCGCCCGCCUCACGGCAUUAAACAAGCGCGCCCGAAGUGGCGCAAAAGCACAUGGUAUCGUUGGUAUCAAAAAGACAGCAGGGUAUGGACCUCCUAGAGUUUGUUUCCAUAUUAUCAAUAAAAUGAAAAGCUCUGCUGGCAAGUCGAGGUCGUUCCAACGAACUAAAGUGAACCAUGAGACAAGUGGUAAAAUGCAGAAACAUCGGUCACGUGACAAGAUUUCCAGAGCUGUGAAAAGAUUCGUUCUCAGCGACAAAGAUAAAAACGCUCAGUUAGGAGAUGAUGAGGAGGAGGUGUGUCAUGAAAACAACUCUCAAUCAACUGAAAUUGAUUCCGGAAACGAUAUAGAGACUCAAAAAUCGACAGAAACUAAACCGAAGAAAAAUAUGAAGAAGCGUGCAUCGGUUGCUAUUCUCGUUGGCAAGUUUGAGAGCGAGGUUCGAGCAGUGAGGUCUAAAGUGUCCAGAGUAAAACUCCUGAACCGAGCCAGUCUGGACUGUGGUGCUGACUCUCAAAAGGUGCAGUUAGCAAGUGUAUCCCUACCUCCUGCUCCUGUGCUACACAGAGCAACCCACUCCACUUCCUCUACUGAACCAGAAGACAGAGAGGUGGAGUUCAUCUUCUCUUCAUCCGGAUAUAAUCAGGGGUCUGACGAAGAGCUGUUGUUUGUACCACGAGGUUUUAACUCAAACCGGCUUUUGAGACGCAAGAAAGCUCAACGGCGAAAGGACUUUAGGGGCUGGACAAAGUCAGAGAACGGUUCACCAAACAUGCCAAGAUCGGUUCCAGAUGUAAUCUCUCCCUCAAAGCCCUCCCCGGAUAUGACGGUUUGA